GUACCACUGAAGGAGAUUAAGUACGAUCCGCCACCAGGUCUCACGGAUCCGAUCAGCUAUCUUUCCAUCUCAAAGGACGACCGAUUCGCUGUCGCUGGCUUCUACAACUACUGGGAUGGCAACUCGACCUUCAUUGUGUUUGACCUUGCGACCGCCGCGCAGCAGUACGAACCCAGCAUGAUCACGUUCAACGCGAUGCCCGAGUGCACGGCCAUCAUCAACGCGACCGAGGCCGUCACCGGCACCAAGAAGGGUGAGCUCGUGGUCUGGGACCUAACGACGGCUCGCCCCAAGCGUCAGCUAAGAUCUGUCAACACCGUGAACACGCUAGGACGCCAG